UAUUUCUACACCUUGAAAGGAAGAUAAAGAUAUACUUUGGAAUAGAUGGAUUUUUAUCACUUUCUAUGAACUAAAGUGAUUCAAUGUCUCUUUUGGAUUGUUUCUGUACUUCACGAACACAAGUUGAAUCACUCAGACCUCAGAAGUUGUCUGAAACCAGUCUCCAUCAAUACUUGGUUGAUGAGCCAACCCUUUCCUGGUUGCCUCCGUCCAUAGGAGCCAGUGAAGUGAUAAGUUCCACUAAUGUUUCCCACUAUGAACUUCAAGUGAAAAUAGGAAGAGGAUUUGACAAUUUGACUUCUGUCUAUCUUGCAAGGCAUACUCCCACAGGAACGUUGGUGACUAUAAAAAUUACAAAUCUGGAAAAUUGCACUGAGGAACGCCUAAAAGCUUUACAGAAGUCAGUGAUUCUAUCCCACUUCUUCCGGCACCCCAAUAUUACAACUUAUUGGACAGUUUUCACUGUUGGCAGCUGGCUUUGGGUUAUUGCUCCAUUUAUGACCUAUGGUUCAGCAAGUCAACUUUUGAAGACUUACUUUCCUGAAGGAAUGAGUGAAUCUUUAAUAAGAAACAUUCUCUAUGGAGCAGUGAGGGGGUUGAAUUAUCUGCACCAAAAUGGCUACAUUCACAGGAGUAUUAAAGCCAGCCAUAUCCUCAUUUCUGGUGAUGGCCUAGUGACCCUUUCUGGCCUGUCCCAUCUGCAUAGUUUGAUUAAGCACGGACAGAAGCAUAGGGCUGUGUAUGAUUUCCCACAAUUCAGCACAUCAGUGCAGCCGUGGCUGAGUCCAGAACUACUGAGACAGGAUUUACAUGGAUAUAAUGUGAAGUCAGAUAUUUACAGUGUUGGGAUUACAGCAUGUGAACUAGCCAGUGGGCAGGUACCUUUCCAGGACAUGCACAGGACUCAGAUGCUGUUGCAGAAACUGAAAGGUCCUCCUUAUAGCCCACUGGAUAGCAACAUUUUCCCUCAGUCCGAAUCCAGAAUGAAAACUUCCCGAUCAGGGCUAGACUCUGGGAUUGGAGAAAGUGUGCUUGUGCCCAGUGGCACUCGUACAGCCAACAGUGACCGAUUGCAGACACCAUCAAAACCUUUCUCCUCUGCCUUCUUAAGCUUGGUACAAGUCUGCUUGCAACAAGACCCUGAGAAAAGGUAA